AUGAGCCGGAUCUAUGACGAUAGAGCUCUGCAGAACAAGCCCGUGCACGAUGAGCGGGUGUCGGGCUGCUGGGAUCCGGCCGUGUUCCAGCGUGGACAAGGUGUUCUUCUGGAAGGAACGUUGGUGGAUUUCUCUCGCCAUGCUGUUACAGAUGCUAAGGGAAAGAAGGAACGGUGGUAUAUUGUCUAUCUGACGCCUGGCAGAAUACAUCGGAGGAAGUUUGACAGUAAAGGAAAUGAAAUUGAGCCCAACUUCAGCGACACGAAGAAAGUGAACACCGGCUUCCUCUUGUCUUCUUACAAGGUGGAAGCAAAAGGUGAAACUGACAAACUCUCAAUAGAGGAGCUGAAGAGUCUCAUCAACAAAGAGGAGCUAACAAGAAUUAGUGAUAAAUAUCUUCCCAAGGACACGGUGGCCUUCUGGCUCCCUGAAGCUGAGAUGGAGAAAACUGAACUGGAGAUCGGGGAGCAGUUACGGGUGAAGACAAUUGGUGACGGACCAUUUUUAUUCUCUUUAGCAAAAGUUGACAGUGGUACAGUGACCAAGUGCAAUUUUGCUGGGGAUUCUCAAACUGGGGCAUCUUGGACAGACAACAUUAUGGCCAACAAAUCUUGCAGCAGCGCUCCUGUUCCUGAACCCCGGGGCCAAGGUGAUGGCGCAGAAGAUGAUGAAUGGGUAUGACU